AUAAUUCUGUGUGAAUUCGGCAUAAUCGCGUGUGGUUGGGUUCAGAAAGAAGAUGUUGCGGAUGCAAAACAACAACGACGACAUAUCUCAUUGGUGGUACGUGUGCUGAAUCCGUGUUUACUGGUUUGUCAGAAUGACUUGUCGACCUGGAUUGAGUACGCGAUGCAAAUGGAACGAAGACUGUCGCCGAGCACGACCGGUUUCGAUGAUGACUUCUCGUCGUCGAAUUAUUCACAGGAUGGCAGUAACGGGUCACGAGAGUCAUCGCCCAGUAAGGUUGCUGCGGCAACAGCAAAUGCAACAGCACAUACAGAUGUGUAUUCGUUCUCUGUAUCAGCCGAGAUCAACACAUUGCAAAGUCGUUUGAUGACAUUGGAUUCGAGAGAUAUUUAUGUUGGCAUUGAUUUGAUCACUUUUAAUGCGAAUAAUGUAAGUUAG